GCUUCCGGUUGGGAGGGGUCGCCAUGGCGAGCAACGCUGCCAGUCUCAACGCCGUGCGGGAGACCAUGGACGUUCUGUUUGAGAUUUCAAGGAUAUUAAACACUGGCUUGGAUAUGGAGACGUUGUCUAUUUGUGUGCGGCUUUGCGAACAGGGGAUAAAUCCAGAAGCAUUAUCGUCUGUUAUUAAAGAACUGCGUAAGGCUACAGAAGCUCUAAAGGUUGCUGAAAAUAUGACAGGCUGACAUGGGAGGAGAUUUCUGCAUGAGAAGAAUGCCAGGUCAAAGUUAACAGAGGCUUUGAAGAUUGUUGCUAUUCAGGAAAUGAGUGGAAUAAGUGUGUGUGUGAGAAGGUUUCAGAAUAUUUGUUAGCUUCUUGAAAAGGAUGAUGUAUAGUAUAACCUUGAAAAGUUUUUUAAUGAGAUAAGUUCAUGUGUAAUCUCAUUGCUUGCUAUUUUUGUGAUAUUUGUGAAUACAGUGCAAUUGCUUGUACAUUUGCUGAACUUACUAGUGUGUAGCAACAAAUACUGCAUAAUGAGUGUAGCUUGUUAAUGCAUCUUUUAGAAGUGCUAAUAUAUCCUGGGGUUUAUCUCUUGCUUAGAGGAAAAACUGCAUAUGCAAUUUUAGUUUCAUUUUAUGGAUCAGAUAGGAAUGAAGCCCAUCCUGACUUUAUUUUAAUUAGAAUGGGGGUAGUGACUUAAGUCUUAACCUGAAAGUAAGAAAUAAAGCACUUUUGAUUAUGUAGGUA